AUGGCCGAUCGGAACAACGAAGGUGAUACAGGUGAACAGAGAGAACGUCGUACCUUCGAAGAUGACGGUCGUUUCCAAAGGAAUCCAGAUGAUGACCGUUCCAUGAUCACUGUUUCUCUGGGAACACAUGCGCAACAGGGGACUGUAAGUACUCAAAACAGUGCUAUGUUUGUGCAAAAAGGCAAACCUCGUAAGGAGGAGAAGAAUGGACUUUGGUGUGAUCUGUGUAAGAAAUCAAAUCAUAAUCAAGAGAAUUGUUUUCGCAUUCAUGGUUACCCCGACUGGUGGAGGGUUCCUGGUAGUAACAAGGGUCCAAAGAAGUUUGGUGGCACGAAGAAUAUGACACACAUGGAAAAUAAUCCUAUAGAAAUUAUCUCUCUGAAUAACAGCAACAAUGUUGGAUAUAAUGGCUCAGGGUCUGUGAUAGUUCCAAGCACUGCAAGCAUGGGUUAUAAUGGAUAUGGUGGUUCAAGUGCCAAGAUGAUUCCUCCACAACAUCAGGGCAUAGAAAACUUACAAGCCAUAGUGUCAAGUCUCAAUUGCCUACAGCAGGAAAUGAGUAGGAUUGCAAAGGGAAAGGGAGUUCAGACUGAUAGCAGUGGACAACUUGUCAACUUUGCUCACUACACAGAUUUCGCAGGUAUGAACUAUGAUCUCAUUCUUGGUACGGUUGAUAUGAUCAAACCUGGUAGUUGGUUUAUGGACUCUGGUGCAACUGGCCUUAUGACUAAUGAUUUAGAACUUUUAAAUUCUUAUAAUCCUGUAUCUCAUCCUACCCCGAUAUCUUUGCCACCAUCCACUUCCACAUUUGGUUUUCUUUAUCAUGAUUCGCCUCAUACAAAUUACUCUUCUCCCACUGAGUCUCUAUUCCAGCUUGAUAUGUUUGAUCAUGAUCCCACUGAUCACUCAAACGAAUCUCAGGAUUCCACAGCUCACCCAACUCAGGAUGAACUAUCUCAUUUGAAUUCCCCGUCCCAUAAUCCUUCUACGUCAACUGUUUUUUAUCCUGUUUCCUCCUCUUCUUUACCUAUUCUACAUUGUAAUCACCAACGACGAGCUGGCGGUGUUUUCGAUGGACUUCCAGCACGAAACACCGCUUCCUCUAACGGCCUACCGGUCCUGAAGCUGCUGCUUUCCUUGAUGGUUUCCUGGGCCAAACUCGACCGAUUUGCUGCUCCGGGAUUUCUCUGCCCUGAGCGAUUCGGCUUUGUUAACGCAUUCGGCACCGAGGUAGUUCUUGAUGCAGUUGUAAGUCUCGUUGCUCCUGCCAUCUUGAAGGAAUUCGUCGACGGUGACCCGGAAACGGGGAAAGAUGCAAGCUACAAGCUUGUUACACCAUUUCAGGAGGACGAUCUUGUUCUACUUGCCGGGGCCAAACUCGACCGAUUUGCUACUCCGGGAUUUCUCUGCCCUAAGGGAUUUGGCUUUGUUAACACAUUCGGCACCGAGGUAGUUAUUGAUGCAGUUGUAAGUCUCGUUGCUCCUGCCAUCUUGAAGGAAUUCGUCGACGGUGACCCGGAAACGGGGAAAGAUGCAAGCUACAAGCUUGUUACACCAUUUCAGGAGGACGUAUUCUGCAUUUCUCGGCAAAAAUUGCCUCAUUGA